CGAAGGAAAGCUUCGAGUGGCCGGCCCCUCACCGGGCAGGCUGUAACCAGUAAGUCCUCCGCCCCACCAGAUCCCUUCAGAAUUUAAGAACCCCAUUACCCCUCCAUCCCCUCCAUCCGUCCACAUCCCCCAAUUGAUCCCCCAAUACCGUCAAAAUGGUCUACACUAUUGUUGUUCACAUGCGCGCCAAGCCCGACGAGGAGAGCAUCUCCAAGCUCCACGCCAAGCUGAUCGAAGCCUCGCGCGUCUACUCCCAGGACAAGGAGACUCUGUCCUGGUUCGUCAUGCAGAGCGUCCACGACAAGCAGGACUUCUGCAUCGUUGAGCGCUACCUCAACGAGGGAUCCCAGAAAUACCACCUCGAGAACCCCUACUGGAAGACCUUCGACCCCUAUGUCAUUCCCCUUUUGGAGAAGGACAUGGACCUGAGACGCUUCGAGGAGAUGGAGUAAAUGCAGAUAUAAAGGAAUGGUUUGGAAAAGAUGUACAUAAAGUGGUGGUCUGAUGCCGUACGUUGGACUUGGUAGGUGAAUGCUACCUUGGUGCCAAUACCGAUGAUCUCGUCGUAUACAAGAUUGGGAUAUGUAGUCUGCAGGGGAUGAAUCUGGCUGGGAAUCCAAAGUGAUACCGAGAAUGGUAUCAUGUGAAUGAGACUGGAUCAUCUUUACGAUGAUAUCACUGGCUUUGCCACAUGACAGUCCACGGUGCUGUCAAAGUGCUAUAUGCCGCAUGGGUACGAGGAAUUAUAGAG